AGUUUAAUCACAAGUAAAUAGUGGAUAAAUAUAAAAAAAUAGAACUUCGAAUUAGAAAUAUCUAAAAGAGAUUUUUUGCUGAAAAAUAGGUUUUGCUUAAUAUGCAAUUAGAAAAUUCUUGGAUAUCAUGAUAAAUUAAAUGUAAAUAAGGUGAAUAUUAAGAAAUUAAGAAGAUGGUUGACUUUAAUUUAAAAAGUAAUUUGUAAAGGCAUAUUUGUACUAAUUUAAACAAAUGAUUUUUCUUAUAAAAAAUUUGCUAAGCGACUCCCUAUUUUGAUUUAGUAAGUUUAGAAAGAGCUAAAGCUAAAUUUGAAAGGAUCAACAUUUAUAUUGAGUUAGACUGACAUUUAAUUGUAAAAUUACUAGGAUAUCAAAUCACCUGAGUAUAUUUAAUUUUAUAUUAAAAGCUUAUAUCUAAGUUGAAAAUAUCUUUUACAUAAUUAAUUUGACGGAAACCUAUUUUAAUACUAUUCAAU